AACCAGGCAAAAAGAAAGGCAAUGGAUUCUUCAGGGAAGUUUUUCUUUCUUUCUCUGCUUGUCCUCCAUCUCUUUACCACCUGUGUUGCUCAUCAAUCGCCCCUGAAGUACCUCUGUUUAUGUAACAGAGUGGUUCCAUGGGCCAAAACUCCAAAAAAGUUAAUGGGAUUGCAGUCUGCAGAAGAGACGUUUUGUAUCAACUUUGCCUCGGAUGCAUCUACAGUGCUCUCAUGGAGCUCAGCCAUCGCUGUCACAUCCAGAAGGAAGCAAUUGUAUGCCUCAUGCUGGAAGCAGCCUCAGGUGGACCCAAUGUCAAGUUUCCCAAUGGGGACAGGAGUGACUUCAGAUUUGGAGAAGAUCUAUGCGCUUGUGCAGUGCACUCCUGAUUUGUCACUGCCACAUGCGUCUCUUGCUUGUCAGAAGCUUUUGGAAACAUUUCAGAUUGUUGUCCAGGAAAGUUCUUUUGCUUUCAUCAUCUGGAGAAGGAGAAAUACUAAGGAAAGAGAGAAAAGCCAAGAGGUUCAACUACUUGAGUUGGGAGCAAGAACACAUUGCGACUUUUCAACUGAAGAUUUUCAGGGUGAACAGGUGGGAGGAUCCCAGGAAUUUCCUUCAAUUCAAUUAGAUAUCGUAAGUGUAGCAAAAAAACAUUUCUCUGAUGCAAACAAGCUUCGAGAAGGGGGAUUUGACCCUGUGUAUAAGGGUACUCUAGCAGAUGGUAAAGAAGUUGCAGUUAAGAGGCUCUCGAGAACUUCUGGUCAAGGACUACUCGAAUUCAAGAAUGAAGUUAUGCUAAUUGCAAGACUACAACAUAGAAAUCUUGUGAGACUUUUGGGAUGUUGCUUGGAGGAUAAUGACAAAUUGCUGCUUUAUGAAUACUUGCCAAACAGAAGCCUUGAUGUUUUCCUAUUCGAUGCACGGGUGAGUAUGCAAUUGGAUUGGCCGAGACAAUUUAGCAUCAUCACUGGAAUUGCUAGGCGCAUCUUUAGAUACAUGGCACCAGACUAUGCAAUGGAAGGACUCUUUUCUGUUAAAUCUGAUGUAUUCAGCUUUGGAGUCCUAUUGCUAGAGAUCAUAUGUGGGAAGAAGAACAAUGGAUUUUACUUUUAUGAACGUUGUGAAAGCCUCCUGACAUUUAAUAUCAAUGAAAGAAGAUGGGUUCUGACCUCACCAAAAGAGGAAACUCCAGGUGUCUCUACUUCUCCUCCAAGUCCUCUCUCAAUCCCUCCCUUCUUACCCCCAAAAAUCCAACAAAUGCAGUUAAUAGACCCACAACUGGUGCACUCAAGUAUGGAAUUUGAAGUAAUUAAGUGCAUCCAUAUUGGUCUGUUGUGCGUGCAGAAAGAUCCUGUGGACAGACCCACCAUGUCAUCUGUGAUAGUCAUGUUGGCCAGUGAGACCAUAACUCUUCCUAAACCAACAGAACUUGCAUUUUUUGUUGGGCGAGUUGCUGUAGACAACAUUGUCUGUUCUGUCAAUGAGGUAACAGUUUCAAACGUGUCACCUCGCUGAUUGUUUGUGCUUUUUCUGAUAUUUUCCAGCUUCUUAUUAGAGAAAGCAUCAUGCUUUGGACAUGUGUAUAACGUAUUGCGGCACAAUAUCAAAUAUAGCUGCUUUCAUUUUCACUUGGUCCAUCUAGUAUGAUAUUUAAUGAAGAAAAUUCCAACUUUAUU